AUGAUCACAAAAUAUUUCGCCAAUGUGGUGGUCAAAUUCGAUGCCUUUGGAGUAGGUGCCAGAAAUGCCAGAAUUUUCCUUUCUCAAGUCCCAACUACCGCCAAAAUAGACUGUAAAGUUUUGGCACCAAAUUCUCAAGAUGAACAACAAAUCAAAGUCACAUUCAAAGACAAACACGUCAUGUCUAUCGAUCCUUGUAACACAAGCAUAAACCAGAUGAAGGAGUAUUUCGAUGCUCAUUCCAGAAAAAUGGCUAUUGAAGCUUCCAUUAGAGAAUAG